AAGGAAACAAGGGAUCAUUAUUUGCGUCGACGGAAGAAUCGGAGCUAAUUUCCCAGCUAAGUCCUCGGCACAAAAGUUCUCUACCAUGAAGAAGAGACUGCCAUUCCCAUGAUGAAUUGGACCCAGGUAGUGCAUUGAGAAACGUCGAAUGGUGGUAAUACCGACCUUUUAGAACUCGUGCUACCAGAGAGUCGGGAUUCUGUUGAAUACGCCAAGUUACAAUUUCCAUUGAUUGAACUUCAUUCAUGCGCGAUCUUUCGCGGUUCAGGUGUCUCUCUCUGCUACACAUCAAGCCAAGAUCUUCUCACCAAACCUGCCAAAUCCUAGCUCAAUUGAUCUUAAAUCGCCUCACUUCCCCGCCUCAUUUGGCCAAAUUGGUAGAACAGUACUGUCGCUUGACCUCCGGCACCCGCCAAGCAAACUCGAUCCUCGCCCAAUUUCACCACCCAAACCUGUUCCUCUUCAAUACUCUGAUCCGAUGCACCCGCCCAAAGGACUCCAUCCAUCUUUUCGCCACCUGGGUUUCGAGGAACAACCUGGUUUUCGACGAUUUCACCUAUCUCUACGUUCUGGGUUCCUGCGCGAGAUCACCGUCGUUCUCGUCGUUGUUGCUGGGGAGACAGAUUCAAGGAAGGGUUCUGAAACAUGGGUUCAUUGCGAAUUUGAUGAUCCCGACGACUUUGAUUCAUUUUUACGGAUGGAAUAAGGAUGUAUAUUCCGCGAGGAAGGUGUUCGAUGAAAUGCCCGAGAGAAGCGUUGUGACGUGGAAUGCGAUGAUGACUGGGUAUUGCUCGCAGAGAGAGAAGGCUGACGAAUAUGCUUAUGAUGGGGUAAUGCUGUUUAAGGAGAUGUUGGUUGUUGAUGGUGAAGAGAGACCGAAUGACACCACGAUGGUUGGCGUGCUCUCUUCUUGUUCCCAAUUGGGGAUGCUUGAAACUGGAGCUUCCCUCCAUGGUUACAUGGAGAAAACCAUUUGUCUGCUUGAUAUGGAUGUUUAUUUAGGCACUGGUUUAGUUGACAUGUACUCAAAAUGCGGCUGUCUGGACAGUGCUCUGAAGGUGUUUAAUGGAAUGCGUGUGAAGAAUGUGCUGACAUGGACGGCUAUGGCGACCGGUCUUGCCAUUCAUGGGAAAGGGAAAGAAGCAAUGGAAGUUUUCAACUUGAUGGCAAGUUUCGGUGUUAAACCUAAUCUGGUAACUUUCACGAGCUUGCUCUCAGCUUGUUGCCAUGCGGGUCUAGUUGAGGAGGGGGUUCAUUUGUUUGAGAUAAUGGAAGUUCAAUUUGGUCUCCGCCCGGGAUUGAAGCAUUAUGGAUGCAUCGUCCAUCUUCUUGGCAAGGCUGGAUACGUAAGAGAUGCUUACGAGUUCGUCAAGAGAAUGCCGGUGGAGCCUGAUCUAGUCCUAUGGAGGAGCUUACUGAGUUCAUGUAAAGUCCAUGGAGAUGUCGAUUUGGGUGAGGAAGUGGGCAAGAUAGUCGUACACUCGCAUCCAGAAAUGAUGGAGUUGAGUGAGGAUUAUGUAGCUUUGUCUAACAUCUAUGCAUCAGCUGAGCGAUGGAAAGAGGUCGAAACAGUGAGGAAAGUAAUGAAGGUGAAGGGGGUAGUCAAUAAGCCGGGAUCAAGCUUAGUUCAAGGCAUAAGCAAUCAUAUCCCCUUGGGAUGAUACAGGAGAGGAAGAGAGAAUCCAGUUGGUAACAAAAAAUUAGAGCCUCAGAUACACUUAUGAAUGGCAGCAAGCUCAACUGAGUUCUUCACAACCACGUAUCCUUUUCUGCAAAUGCUCCAAGCUAGCAAUUCGACGCAGAGAAGCUGUUCGGCCAAUCUUGUUGCCUGUUAUUGCUCCUGUUGGUCGAGCUCCAUCAUCUGGGUGUCCAUUUUCAACUGAAGAAAUAUCUGACGUGCAAUUGGCGGCAGGUUUGUUUGGAUGGUGAGUAACAUUCUGAUGCUUUGGAGUUUGGAUGAUCAUCUUGAACAGGAACGGCUGAUUCUGCUGAAGUUUCAGAAGCAGUUGAUGGCAUGCUGGUGGACAUCUCCUGCAGUGAAACAUAGGGUUUAAACCUGUAAUCCUUUUGACCCCUCCUCAGCCAUCUUUACCUGAUAUACAAAACUCCAAUGAUAGAAGAAAGAAACCAAGUCUGCAGAAGAACCACUCUGGCUAUAUUGUGAAAUGAGUUUACCUUCAUUCUUAAUGUCUCGACAUCUUCUGCUUUUAGGACUCUGCUGUCAACAGCUGCUUAAUUGUACUUAUGGUUGAUGUCGUUGAGACGUUUUAACGGAGGAAUUUUCAAAUCUUAUUUGCGAAACUUGCAGUGUAU